CGGUCCCUGCGACAGGGCAGUUACAAAGGCACCCUUCUGCGGUUGGCGGCGUCCCAGCCUUCCCUGUAGCGGUGGGAAAAGAUAUGGCUCUGCUGUGCUACAACCGGGGUUGCGGCCAACGCUUCGAUCCUGAGACCAAUUCCGAUGAUGCUUGCAUAUACCACCCAGGUGUUCCAGUCUUUCAUGAUGCGUUAAAGGGUUGGUCUUGCUGUAAGAGAAGAACAACUGAUUUUACUGAUUUCUUAAGCAUUGUAGGCUGUACAAAGGGUAGGCAUAAUAGUGAAAAGCCACCAGAGCCAGUCAAACCUGAAGUCAAGACUACAGAGAAAAAAGAACUAUCUGAAUUGAAACCCAAAUUUCAGGAGCACAUUAUUCAAGCCCCUAAACCUAUAGAAGCAAUAAAAAGGCCAAGCCCAGAUGAGCCAAUGACAAACUUGGAAUUAAAAAUAUCUGCCUCCCUCAAACAAGCACUUGAUAAACUUAAACUGUCAUCAGGGAAUGAAGAAGAUAAGAAAGAAGAAGAAAGUGAUGAAAUUAAGAUUGGGACCUCAUGUAAAAACGGAGGGUGUUCAAAGACAUACCAGGGUCUAGAGAGUGUAGAAGAAAUCUGUGUAUAUCAUUCUGGAGUACCUAUUUUCCAUGAAGGGAUGAAAUACUGGAGUUGUUGUAGAAGAAAAACUUCUGAUUUUAAUACAUUUUUAGCUCAAGAGGGCUGUACAACAGGGAAACAUGUGUGGACCAAAAAGGAUGCCGGGCAAAAAAUUAUUUCUUGUAGGCAUGACUGGCAUCAGACAGGAGGUGAAGUCACCAUUUCAAUAUAUGCUAAAAAUUCACUUCCAGAACUUAGUCGAGUAGAAGCAAACAGUACAUUGUUAAAUGUGCUCAUUGUAUUUGAAGGAGAGAAAGAAUUUCAUCACCAUGUGAAGUUAUGGGGUGUGAUUGAUGUAAAGCGAAGCUAUGUAACCAUGACUGCAACAAAGAUUGAGAUUACCAUGAGAAAAGCUGAACCUGUGCAAUGGGCAAGCCUUGAGCUACCUGCAGCUAAAAACCCAGAAAAGCAAAAGGAAGAUAUAAUAGACUGA